CUCUUCUAAACAACAUUUGAUGGUUUAGGUAUAUUUCACUUGAUAUUAUAUCCAUUGCCAUUGGAUUUGGAGCUAGUAAGUCACAGAGGAAGGCCUCAGCUUCAAGGGCGCUCAUAACCUCUCUGAGUUCAGUGCAUUCCCGGAAUCUACAUCUCUUGGGUCUAGGGUUUGCCCUGUCCGUUAUGGCCGAAGUGAUCAACAUGCCGGUUGACUCUCUCGACCACCGUCAAGAAGGGAAGGACAACAAGCCCCCUGCCGCCGCCGAUGAGGACUCCGAUUCGCCGCCACCGCCGCCUCCUCCGGCCAAGCGACGCGACAGGGACUCAAGGGAGAGGAGGGACGAUGGAGAUUCCGACCGUCGUCGGGCCAGUGGAGACUAUUACGAUCGCAACCGCUCACCGCCGCCUCCUACCCUGAGGGAGAGGGAUUAUAAGCGCCGUGCCAGCCCUAGCCCCCCUCCCCCUUACCGGGAUCGCCGCCCCCGCUCGCCACAACACCCGCCGUUCAAGCGCUCGCGGAGGGAUGAUGCUGGGUAUGACGGGAGGCGUGGCAGCCCCAGAGGUGGUUAUGGUUCCAGUGAUAGAAGGUUUGGGUAUGAUUAUCCAUAUGAUCGUGAAGUGGGGGGCAGGCCUGGUUAUGCUGAUGAAAAGCCUCAUGGUCGAUACAUUGGCCGUACAUCUGGUGGCUAUCCAAGUGGCCCGUUUAACUGGGAUUCAGGUCUUGGCAGUUACAAUGAGGCUUCUAGUGCAGGAGGUUCCCAUAGAGAAGGUCUGAUGUCUUAUAAGCAGUUCAUUCAGGAGCUUGAAGAUGAUAUUCUACCAGCAGAAGCUGAGCGCAGAUAUCAAGAGUACAAGUCAGAGUACAUAUCAACUCAGAAACGAGCUUUUUUCAAUGCUCAUAAAGAUGAAGAAUGGUUGAAAGACAAAUAUCAUCCUACAAAUUUACUUGGUGUAAUAGAAAGGAGAAAUGAGCUUGCACGAAAGAUGGCAAAGGAUUUUUUGCUUGAUUUGCAGAGCGGAACACUGGAUUUAGGUCCUGGCGUCAACACUUUAUCUUUAAACAAAUCAGGACAAACAAGUGAUCCAAACUCUGAGGAUGAAGCAGAUGUAAGUGGAAAAAGAAGACGACACGAAAAGGCACCAAGUAAAGAAAGUGAUGUUCUUUCAGCUGCUCCCAGAGCUCAUCAUGUUAGCUCUGAACCCAGACGGAUCCAAAUUGACAUUGAACAAGCACAGGCACUUGUUAGGAAACUUGACUUUGAAAAGGGAAUUGAGGACAAUGUAAUAUCUAGGGUUGACAAUGACAGAACGAAUAGGGACAAAUCUCAUACCACUUCCAGUGGCCCGGUUAUCAUUGUACGGGGUUUAACCUCUGUAAAAGGCCUUGAGGGCAUUGAACUGCUAGAUACCCUUCUAACUUAUCUUUGGCGCAUUCAUGGAGUGGAUUACUAUGGAUUAGUGGAAACAAGUGAACCUAAGGGUCUCCGGCAUGUCAGGAUAGAUGGCAAGGGUUCUGGUGGACCUAGUGAUGGGACUGACUGGGAAAAGAAAUUAGACUCUCGUUGGCAGGAGAGGUUGAAGUGUCAAGAUCCGUUGGAAGUAAUGACUGCUAAAGAGAAGAUAGAUGCAGCCACUGCUGAAGCAUUGGACCCCCAUGUCAGAAAAAUUAGAGAUGAGAAAUAUGGCUGGAAAUAUGGUUGUGGGGCCAAGGGUUGCACAAAGCUUUUCCAUGCUGCUGAGUUUGUCCAUAAGCAUUUAAAGCUGAAACACCCUGACCUUGUGAUGGAGCUGACAUCUAAAGUGCGUGAGGAUCUGUAUUUUCAGAAUUACAUGGAUGAUGCAGACUCACCUGGUAGUGCUCCUGUAAUGCGACCAUCUGUACUGAAGGAGAAGCCACAGAGGCAUAGGCCAGCUCUAGAUAACCGACUGAAAGAUGAAAGAGGCAGUCGCAGGGAACGUGACAAUCGAGAUACAUAUGAUAGGUCUGAAAAGCAGCAGUCACUGGACUUCCAGACCAAUGAUGAUGUCCCUGUUGGAACCAAUCCAGAUGAACUAAUGUUUGACUCUUUUGGUGGACAAGGAAUCCAUGUUGCUCCUCCUUUUCCUUCAGAUAUACACCCUCCUCCUGUACUUAUGCCAGUUCUUGGGGCUGGUCCAUUGGGGCCAUUUGUACCUGCUCCACCUGAGGUUGCAAUGCAGAUGAUGCGAGAUCAAGGUGGACCUUCUCCUUUUGAAGGCAGUGGUAGAAAUGGACGACCUGGGGCAGCCCCUAUUAUUGCCUUACCUCCAACAUUCCGCCAAAAUCCUCGCCGUUUACGAAGUUAUCAAGACCUUGAUGCCCCGGAGGACGAAGUUACGGUGAUAGAUUACAGGAGUUUGUAGGCUUAAACAUGUCUACAACCACUACUAUAAUGUUGCAGUUGCAGGCCCUGUCUGUAAUUGUGCCCCAGGUGCUUGCUUUUCUGAAAUGAUCCGUUGUUUCUGAUUUUGAGAUAAUGCAGGAGGGCGUUGAAUGUAUGUUAGUUAUAGUUACCCGCAAUUAUUUGUUUGCCACCAAAUAGUGGAGGUAUGAGGGUAUGAGAAAAGAAAUUGAUGAAAUUGGACGAGGUGGGUUUUGUUAAUUGCCUUUAACAAACAAUUAUUACUACAUUUUAGUGCCUGUAAAAUUGAGAAUAUGGUGGAUUUGUUAGAUUAUGCUGAUAUAACUGCUGUGUAUGUAUGUAUGUAUUUGCUAAAUAUCUCUAAAUGAUAAGAGUCCCCAUUGGUAAUGGUAGUAGA